AGCGGGCGACCCGGAGCCGUACUUGGGCUGGGCGGUGUGGUGGCGGCGGCCGGAUCAGCGGAAGCCCGAGGCUUCGCCGCGGGCGCUGAGCGCGGGCGCGGGUCCGCUACGUGCGCGGGGAGCGCGGGGCUGCGCUCGUGUGCGCUCCUGAGCGCUCGCCGCCGCCGCUGCAGCGCCUUUGAGUCAGCAAACUCCGCCGCCUGCCAGCCCGGUCGUCCUCUUGUGCCUGACAGCCCGGAGGAGCCGCGUGCUCGUCUUUCCAACUUCCUCCUUCUGCCAGUGACACCACUCUUCUUCCAGUUACACGUCUAAUUGAUCGUGGCCUGUGCUGAAGAUGUUUCCAGAACAACAGAAAGAGGUAUGUCAUCACAAAUCCAAAAAUAAAUAGUCUCUGCAUUUUGACUCACUGCAGGAAUUUGUAAGUGUCUGGGUUCGAGAUCCUCGGAUUCAGAAGGAGGACUUUUGGCAUUCUUAUAUCGACUAUGAGAUAUGUAUUCAUACCAAUAGCAUGUGUUUUACAAUGAAAACAUCCUGUGUACGAAGAAGAUAUAGAGAAUUUGUGUGGCUGAGGCAGAGACUCCAAAGUAAUACAUUUCUGGUACAAGUGCCGGAACUUCCAUCUAAAAACCUAUUUUUCAACAUGAACAAUCGCCAGCACGUAGAUCAACGGCGUCAGGGUUUGGAAGAUUUCCUCAGAAAGGUCCUACAGAAUGCACUUUUGCUUUCAGAUAGCAGCCUUCAUCUCUUCUUACAGAGCCAUCUGAAUUCAGAAGACAUCGAGGCAUGCGUUUGUGGGCAGACUAAGUACUCUGUAGAAGAAGCAAUUCACAAGUUUGCCUUGAUGUACAGACGUUUCCCUGAAGAAGAUGAAGAAGGAAAAAAAGAAAAUGAUGUAGAUUAUGACUCAGAAAGUUCAUCCUCCGGGUUUGGACAUAGUAGUGAUGACAGCAGUUCACAUGGAUGUAAAAUGAACACAGCUCCGCAGGAAUCCUGAAAAAUAAUUCUAAUGUUACUAUCUUAGGAAUAGCAAAUUAUGUCCAGUCAUAGAGAAGAACGCUUGCUAAUGAUAUAUUCUUACCUAACGCUCAUUGUCAUGACAUUAGGUAUUUAAAUUCUUCAAGAUGUUGGGUUGUUUAUUAGUGAUAUUUUUAUGUUGUCUUAUUUUGGCUAAGCUUCUGUAGAAAGCUAAAAGCCUGUGAAUGCAACACUCUCCUUUAUAGGCCAACAUUAUUGGUAAAACAAGACCCUGCCCUCAAAUGAAAUGAUGUAUAUGUUUAAAAAACCCUAGUUGGUUUUACUGAAUUUGAAAAGAUAGGUAAAUAGGUAGCAUUUAAAAUCCAGAAAGAGCAUUCCUUCAUGUAUCAAUGGGGCAGUGUUGCCGUAAACACAGCAUGUGUGAGCUCCACCACUAAGAAGACUGACAGCGGAGACCAGACUGCCUUGGUUCAGACAUGUGGCUGGUAUUUUGUGGGUACCUCCCCUGCACUGGGAAAACACUUUGCUUUUGGGUGUUUAAAAUAUUUUUGAGUGUUUAACCUUUUCGGUAUUGUACUUCACACUUAGAUGGGAAAUGUAUCUUACGAAUAGAGACAUGUUAAAGUAAUGUUUACAUCUUAGAAAAAACAGAAAUAGUGCUAGUAAUUUUGCUUAUACUUGCAAUACAUAGAUGCAGAAAUACAGUUUCAUUGUCCCAAAUCGGCUUUAACACAUGGUUUCCAGGAAACAAAUCAUUUGUUUUCAUUAUCAUUGCAUAAUUAGAAUUAUAGGUUAAUGAUUUAUUUUCUGACUAAAUGUGCAGUUUCUUAUCACUAGAUAACUUUCAGUGUCAGUGGUGGUUACUUGUUACUUUAAGUUAGAAAUAGGAUCUUCUAAAAAUUAAUAAAUUUAAUUUUACCAAUAAGUAUUCCCAUAAUUUAGAAAAGAAUAGCAACUUGCUAAUUUCAGAAUUAAUUAUUCAUUUUUAAAAGCCCUUUCUUGUUAGGCAUCUGCUGGAGAAUUGUUAUAAUUUAAUAAAGUCUUUUUUUUUUCAAAUGGCCCAAAGAGAAAAUGUCUUGGGUAAACUACAUUGAACUUCAAAUUUCAGAUGAGGUAGCAUUUUCUUGAGAUAACUAAGUUUCUUCCUUGUUGAAUGGUACAAAGUACCUCUGAAACUAACAGGAAACUAUUUUUACAUAACUGGGAUGACUUGUUGCUUUAAUUAAAUGGUACCUCACCUCAUUUUAUUUUAACUAGGAGUUUUAAAGUUAUUGUAUUAAAAAGUCUUUGAAAUGCUUGUAACUAAGAAGCAACAGAAAAAAAUUUAGAAUAAGAAUGAUUUCCAUCAAUUCUUGUGUUUUGUUUAGUCUAAGACAUUAUUGAACAUUUGCAAAUAUUUUGAUAUAAUGUAUGCUGAAUCUUGUUACUUUAUCAUCUAGGACUCCUUAUUUGAAUACUGGAAAAAAAAAGAUUUAGCAGUUUCUUUUUUAUCUUGCUAACAUGUAAAGUCUGCCAUACAGUCAUGUAAGAGCGAUCCCCAGCUCCUUGGCAAUAUGUAUUUGAAUUUCACAUUAUUUCUGUUAUUCAGCAGUUUUGAAAAGCAUGCAAUAUGCCACCAACUGUCAUAUUAUUUUUAUAUAAUGUAACAGGCACCAAAAUGGAUAAUAAGUAAUGCCUAAUUCUGUGGUAUGUAAACUACACGAGAUCAUUGUUUUCACAUUAAACAUGAAAAAGUCAACUUUA